AUGAACCAAACCCCAACUCCCAACACCGAAUCCCCCAACCCAACACGCCUAAAACCCGGCCCUCCAUCCGAAACAACUCGCAACCUCCUCCCAGAAACCAGUCCCCACCAAAUCCCCCCAAACCCACCCACCCACGACGCCUUCCUCCCCGGCUACUUCUUCUUCUACGGAACCCUAAUGGACCCCCCAACCCUCGCUUCCAUCAUGCAAGUCCCCAAAGCACCGCCCAUGCAUCCCGCGCGCGUGGUCGGAUACAGCGUCAAGAUGAACGGCCCCUACCCGGCGCUUGUGUGGGGACCGCCGGAGCAUGCGGUGGACGGGGUUGCGUGCCAGAUUCUGGCGAGGGAGCACUUUGAGAGGAUUUGUGGGUAUGAGGAGGGGUAUGAGGCGAAUCCGUGUUAUAUUGAGGUUUUGGGGAAGGAGGGGGCGUCGGUGGAUGCGAUUAAGGGGGAGACGUUUAUUUGGAAGGGGGAUUAUGGGGAGUUGAGGGAUGGGGGGGUUUGA